CAGAUUAAUUCUUGUAUCUAGAGUACACAAGGAACAAUCUUGUGCAAAAAAAGGUCACAGAACCUGGAUGUGGAUACAAGUUCUCUGCGCUUCAUCGUCAGCGAAUCGGUUUGUGGUGUGGGAAGAAGCCAACAUGGUUAAAUCUCUGCCACUCGUCCCCCCGACCCACUCCCGUCGCGUUCUAGUAUCAAGCGAUACCGCAGCAGACAAACACACAAUAGUGGGGUAGUGGUAGUAAUCGUUGUUGGCGUCUCAGGCAUCCAUUCAUGGCGAGUUUCGUAAUGCCUCAGAAGGCGCUACUGACGCUUCCUACACUCCCAACCAAACUCAGAUUGCAACCCAUUUGUGCGUCAAAGGUGAAUGCUAGACCUGAUGUUAGAAAGGAAGAUAUAGUCAUCGUUGGAGCUGGAAUUGCUGGCCUAACUACUGCAGUUGCGCUUCAGAGGGUUGGGAUUGGGUCAGUGGUACUUGAGCAGGCUGAUUCACUGAGAACUGGGGGAACUUCGCUUACAUUUUUCAAAAACGGAUGGAAAGUGUUGGAUGCUAUCGGAGUGGGAAGUGAACUGAGAACCCAAUUCCUCGAACUUCAAGGGAUAUUGGUGAAAUCAGAAUAUGGGAGAAAAUUGUGUUCCUUCAAAUUCAAGGAUGAGGAUGAAAGUCAAGAGGUGCGUGCUGUAGAAAGGAGAGUUCUAUUGGAGACUCUUGCUAAACAGCUGCCCCCAGAUGCAAUUUCUUUCUGCUCCAAGCUGAAAAAUAUUGAAAGAAGUGAAAAUGAUGAGAUCAUGCUGAAACUGGAGGAUGAAUCUCAGAUAUUGGCUAAGAUUGUUAUUGCCUGUGAUGGGAUACGAUCUCCAGUGGCCAAGUGGAUGGGUUUUCGAGAUCCCAAAUAUGUUGGGCAUUGUGCUUUUCGUGGCCUUGGAUUUUAUCCUAAUGGGCAACCGUUUGAGCCAAAAGUAACUUAUGUCUAUGGGAGAGGUGUGCGUGCUGCAUAUGUGCCAGUUUCUCCUACUAAGGUGUAUUGGUUUGUCUGCUUCAACAGCCCAUCUCCAGGUCCGAAGAUAACUGAUGCAUCCAUUUUGAGGGAGGAAACUGAGAAAUUGGUUAUGGAUUGGCCCAGAGAACUUUUAAAUAUCAUUAAGUCUACAGCGGAUAAUACGAUUAUAAGAACCCCUCUGGUAGAUCGAUGGCUGUGGCCAGGAAUCAAUCCUCCAGCUUCAAGAGGAAACGUUGUUCUUGUUGGAGAUGCAUGGCACCCAAUGACCCCAAAUCUGGGGCAAGGUGCCUGUUGUGCGUUGGAAGAUGCAGUGGUUUUGGCCAAAAAACUGGAACAGGCAAUGAAGUUUGGAACCUCAUCUGUUGAAGAUGCAUUUAGGUCUUAUGAAAGUGAAAGGUGGCCCCGAAUCUUUCCAUUAACUGUACGUGCAAAUCUUGUGGGUGCUUUGUUGCAGCUUGAGAAUCCAGUGGUUUGUUCUUUACGGAACAAUGUUAUUUUACCUAAGUUUGUUAGGCUUGGGCCAAUGUUGGAACACACAAAUUUCGAUUUUGAGCCUCUUCACCUUGAUUCAGUAUAGUUUGUCUGAACAUGAAGUCAGAAUUCCAACAGAUGACAAGACCUAUAUCAGUCCCGAACACAUUUGCCUACCAUUGUAACAAUACUAAAAACAAAGAUAGCUGACAGAAAUGAAAUUUUGAUUGUAAUUUUGUAUAUAUGAUUUUAUUGUCUAAGCAUCUGCUGACCGAAUGUGUUGCACAAUCUAGCUGAAAACAUGCAUGCACAUUCAAGUAUUCAUGAAUAUAGAGAGGGACAUAAAGAGGUUUUAUUUUCCAAGUAGCUACCAACAUCAGAGCGCAUAAAAGUUUUGUUUAUAAAUAGAUUGAUACUAAGACGAGAGAGGACACUGAACAAUCAAUCCGUAAGUGUUCAAAGGGGCGAAACUUGUGAAUUUAAACUUAAAACAAUCUUUGCACAGGCACACAAGCUAAGGCCUCUUCCAGCAUUACAAUAGAUUGCGAAUUCACUGGAUUUGGAUUCUGUAUAUGAAAAUUCUCCAUCUCCAAUCUGGCAGGAAGUUUUAUAACAGAAACAUCUUGAUUUUGACAGAAAUCAUCUAAGUCCUCACC